AUGUUACACUAUUCUACCCAGGCUACUCCCUCCUUCAGGGGAGUGGCGCGGGCUUCUCUCAUAAACGUACGACGAUCAUUCCAUCCGAAGCCAUUUUGCCCUACAGCUGCCUUUAUCUCGCAACUCUCGACGGCUCAGUCCACGGAGCAGAAGCAAAAUAAAUCGCUUUUCGUACCUUCAUCUGCACGAUUCAAUGAGAUUGGCGUACAACAAUUGAGCGAUUAUAUCCACUCUCAAGUUUUCACCAACAAACCUACACCGCCCGACGAAAAGCUUGUUGCUCUGUCCAAAGACCAUUUAUCCCGACAUGACUUGUUGGGAAAAUCGCAAGAUGCUGCCGAGCCGAUCGCAUUCGACCUGCCGCCCUUGAGUGGCCAGACAAUGGACGAACACUUCUACAAGCUUGCCAUGGAUGCGUCGGAACCGUACUUGACUAAUGCCAAAGAAUACGCGAUGGCAAACAUGCCCCAUAUGCCGCGGAAAUGGGUGAAACGAAGCGGAUGGACUAAGUACAGCAGCGAUGGAUCGUCGGAACCCGUGGAUGCGCCUGAUGAAUCUGCGCUGACGUUUGAUACGGAGGUUCUGUACAAGGAAAGCUCUUUUGCGGUUAUGGCUUGCGCUGUGAGUCCUACUGCUUGGUACGCAUGGCUGUCUCCGUGGCUUCUGGGAGAGUCGGAAGAUGAUCGCCAUUUGGUUCCGUUGGGCGAUAUGUCGAAACCUAGGAUUAUCGUUGGACAUAACAUCGGUUACGACCGGGCCCGUAUUCAAGAGGAGUAUAAUCUGACGCAGUCUCGAAAUUUCUUUAUCGAUACAAUGUCGCUCCAUGUUGCCGUCAAUGGAAUGUGUUCUCAGCAGCGGCCAACCUGGAUGCGACACCAAAAAAAUAGAGAUCUUAGAGACAAGAUUGCGAACGACAACAAUGCCGUCGAGCUAGCUACGUUACUUGAUAACAAAAUGCUUACUGAUGAAGAGGAGGAGUUAUGGGUUGGAAGAAGCUCAGUCAACUCACUCCGAGAUGUUGCUAAAUUCCACUGCGACGUGACUAUCGACAAAUCCCAGAGAGAUUAUUUUGGCGUCUCAACGAAAGAGGAAUUGGUACAGCGGUUGGAUGAACUGUUGGACUAUUGCGCGGCUGAUGUUGCCAUCACCCACCGAGUGUACAGGAAGGUUUUUCCAAAUUUUCUCGAAGUGUGCCCUCACCCAGUCAGUUUUGGGGCUUUACGCCACCUUUCGUCUGUCAUAUUGCCGGUCAACGAAUCUUGGGAACGGUAUUUGGAAAGUGCGGAGCGUACCUACCACCAACGUCUUGACGAUGUUCAGAAGAGACUGGUUGAGCUUUGUGAAGAAGCCUUGAAAGUCAAGGGUGACCCAGAAAUUUACCAGAAUGACCCCUGGCUACGGCAGCUGGACUGGUCCGGCCAGGAGGUUAAAAUGGUGAAGGGCAAAAAGAAAGGGGAUCCUCCACGCCCAGCAGCCAGACAGAAGAAACCGGGCAUGCCAAGGUGGUACAAGGAUCUCUUUCCCACAAACAUAGCCGACAUAAAUCUCACAGUCAGGAGUCGCAUUGCUCCGACAUUACUCAAACUCUCCUGGGAUGGCCAUCCAUUGAUCUGGUCUGACAAAUACGGUUGGACCUUCAGGGUACCACUGAGUGAAGCGCCUGGUUAUGAAAACCAGCCAGUCACUCGGUGCAACAUGGCAGAAGAAUCAAACCCAGUACUUCGAGAUGAUAGGAAACAUAUUUUUUACAAGCUCCCUCACAAAGACGGACCGCAAGCCCGAUGCGCCAACCCACUGGCCAAAGGCUAUCUAACGUAUUUUGAACGUGGCAUACUAUCUUCAAAAUACGCCCUCGCCAAAGAAGCUUUAGAAAUGAAUGCAUCGUGCUCGUACUGGAUUAGUGCUCGGGACCGGAUCACGAGCCAAAUGGUUGUUUACCAAGACAACUCAACCAAAUCUAAGCAAGACGACAGGAAACUUGGUUUUAUUUUGCCUCAAGUUAUACCAAUGGGAACUAUAACUCGUCGAGCGGUGGAAAAUACAUGGCUUACUGCUAGCAAUGCCAAACCUAAUCGUGUAGGAUCGGAGCUGAAAGCUAUGAUCCAAGCACCUCCGGGCUAUGUGUUUGUUGGUGCCGAUGUUGAUUCUCAAGAACUAUGGAUUGCCAGUUUAGUUGGCGAUGCACAAUUCCAGUUACACGGUGGUAAUGCUAUUGGGUUUAUGACACUGGAAGGUUCCAAGGCUGCAGGGACUGACCUGCACUCCCGAACCGCGUCAAUUCUAGGAAUUUCAAGAAACGACGCCAAGGUUUUCAACUAUGGACGUAUUUAUGGUGCUGGAUUGAAGUUUGCAGCCACACUACUUCGUCAAUUCAACCCAACUCUCACAGAGAAGGAGACCAGUCAGAUUGCGUCCAAGCUUUACAAAGAGACCAAAGGCACUCGAACGACACGCAAAAUGUUGAAUGAUGGGCCAUUUUGGCGGGGAGGCACAGAAUCAUUUGUUUUCAACAAAUUGGAAGAAUUUGCUGAGCAAGAACGGCCGCGUACUCCAGCCUUGGGUGCUGGAAUCACUGAAGCUCUCAUGCGUCGCUUCAUCAACAAAGGCAGCUUUAUGACAUCGCGGAUCAACUGGGCUAUUCAGUCCUCGGGCGUCGAUUAUCUACACCUCUUGAUUACGGCAAUGGACUUUCUCAUCCGACGAUAUAACAUUCACGCCAGGCUUGCGAUCACCGUGCACGACGAGAUUCGUUAUCUGGUGAAAGAAGAAGAUAGGUAUCGUGCUGCCAUGGCCUUGCAGGUUGCCAAUGUGUGGACGCGCGCUAUGUUCUCGCAGCAAGCCGGUAUUGACGAUCUUCCACAAUCAUGCGCCUUUUUCUCAGCGGUUGAUAUUGAUCAUGUUCUCCGAAAAGAAGUCGAUAUGGACUGUGUAACCCCGUCUCAUCCCCACAAGAUCCCACAUGGCGAGAGCCUAGACAUCAAUCAAUUACUACAAAAAGGAGAGCAAGCUUUCCUCGACCCCUCGAUCAAGCCGCUCUUGCCACCAACCCCCGAUCAGUAUUCCUAUACACCGCGGAAAUCCGUCAUGUCAUCCCUACAAAGCAGCGACAAUGUCGCUUUUAUCAAAGCUCAAAUCACCAGUGAUGACAAAGAGCUGAAAGAAAUCAUCAAAGAGAGCAUGGCCAACUCCGCCAAAUCCAAGCCUGCUGUAAGUCGCACACGCACGAACUCGUUGACAUCCAAGCCGGCAGGCGAGCCUCAACGAGCGUUCCUGCUGGAUGACUGGAACAGUUACGGUCAUAAUAACUACCCCAACACCAACAAACAAAGCCCGGUCCCAUUCUCAAAGUUCUCUACGAAGCACCGAACGUCUGCCCGUGCUUAA